CCAAAUUCGCGCGGCGGUGACGACGGCGGCGGCCACAAGCAGCAGCAGCAGCAAGCAACAGCAAGCAGCGGCCUCCGUGAACGUCGUCGUUUAUAAACGUCGCAGCGCUCACAUUUACGCGUACACGAGCAUCGUAAAAAGGAAAGCAACUCUCUCGCCAUGGCCGAAUGGGACUACUUCGACGAGUUCGAGGACGAGUACGCGGACGAGUUGGAAGUCUUGAUGGAGUUCGACCACGAGUCGACCCGAAAAAAGGAAGAGCCUCGGGUCGCCCGUCGCGAUGUGCAGCCCACAUCCUUCGAGGAGGCCCUCCAGUCAGGGGACGUCAGGGCCGGGAGGCCCAGCGCUGCCCCCAUGAAUCCCCCCGGAUCCGGAGAGGUCCACUCCAGCAAGAGGGACGCGGAAGACAUGCUGGCGAGUGCCGUCAGAGACCCUUCUACGCCCAAGCGCAAGAGGCCCCGACUGGAUGCCAUCAAGCGGCUGGAAUUUACGGCCGAUCUCCUGCCCAAACCUGCGCCCACCCAACCGGUGGCCUCCCAACCCGGGGAUGAGUCAAGCGGGAGCCACGACAACGACCUCAGCGGCUUCCACUACCUCGACGUCUCCCCGCCCGACGUGCAGGCAGAUAGACGCGGCAACCAACCCAAGCGGGCGGUAUCGAUCACCGCGGACGCCGUGGCGACCGUCGCGGUGGCUGAUGACGUGGAGAGGAAGCGGGUCCUGAAGCGGCCGCCUGUGACGGACGACUUUGUGAACGUGACGGUGCCGGGUGGCGACCGCUACUACUUGGCGCUGGGCGCGGACAGCAGCAGCCACGCGGCUCCCAUGAAUCCAGACUUGAUGUUCCGGAGCCAAAUGUCGCUGCAGCUUUUGAGCGUGCCGUUCGAGAUGCUCAAAGACCAAGUAGUUAGGGAGAAGCGUGCGAAGGUUCUGGAAGAGGCUGAGAGAUUCGUCACUUUGCUUAACAGCCGAGUAGCUCAGGAGAUCGAGGACUCGGAGGAGUUGGGUGGUGAGGGCGGUGGCGGUGAUGAUGAUGGAGGCGGAGACGAGGUGGAUGGUGACGAUGGGACAAAGAGCACGGGGCUCUGGGUUGAUCGUUUCACCCCACGGCACUACACGGAGCUGCUCAGCGACGAUUACAUGAACCGCUGCCUCCUCAAGUGGCUCAAGCUGUGGGACAUGGUCGUGUUCGGCCGCGAGAGGAAGAAGAAGCCACCGCCCGUGACGGCAAAUGAGGAGCAGCCGCAGCAGCAGCAACAGCAGAAACGGGGUGACAGCAGGCAGCAGUGGGCGCAGAAAAAAAAGAAGGGCGAGUGGCUGCCGAGGGAUGAGUGGGAGAAGCAACAGGGCUGGACUCGCAAGGGUGGCGGCACCAACAAGAACUGGAAGAGCAAAGCUCAGAUCACGGAGGACAUCCUGGAGGAUGAGCUGGAUGCACACAACCGUCCCAAGUACAAGGUGGUGCUGCUGUGUGGGCCUCCCGGGCUGGGUAAGACAACACUGGCGCACGUGGUGGCGCAUCAUGCCGGCUACAACGUCGUGGAAAUGAACGCCAGCGACGACCGGAGCCCCGAGGUGUUCCGCACGCGCAUUGAGGCGGCCACGCAGAUGAAGUCGGUGCUGGGUGCGAGUGAGCGGCCUAACUGCCUCGUCAUCGACGAGGUGGACGGGGCGCCCUUGGCGGCCAUCACCACCCUCCUGACCCUCGUGAACCGGAAGGACACCAAGGAGACCGGGGGAGCAGCUACAGGGGGCCGACGGCGCAAGAAAGAGGGAGGCCUCUUGCUCAGGCCCAUCAUCUGCAUCUGCAACGAUCUGUAUACACCUGCAUUGAGGCCGCUCAGGCAGCAGGCGCUCACACUCGCUUUCCCGCCCACCAUGCCAUCGCGACUCGCACAGAGACUCCUCGAGAUCUCGAGCCUGCAGGGCCUCCACGUGGACAUGGGCGUGCUCCUGGCUCUCUGUGAGAAAACCGAGAACGACAUCCGCUCAUGCAUCAACACCCUGCAGUUCCUGCAGGGCCGGGGACAGAGUGAGCUGAACAUUCACACCGUGCAGUCCCUGAGCAUCGGCCUCAAAGACCAGACCAAGGGGCUCUUCCCAGUGUGGCAGGAGAUCUUCCGGCUGCCUCGGCCACAGCGAAAGCGGGUGAGUCGCGACGCUGCCGGUGAGCUGUUCCCCACUGCGCCCUGGGAGGUCGGCGUGGGCCCCACAGAGGGGCGCGCCACGAUGAGCACAGGCGCCGCCCGAUUCCACAGCUUGCUUCACCUCGUCUCCGCCAACGGAGAGUACGAGAAGCUGACGCAGGGCCUGUUUGAGAACUACCUGGCCGCGCGCGUCAAGGACCCCCGCAUGGAGCUCGUGUGCCUGGGCACCGAGUGGCUCUGCUUCCAGGACCUAGCAAGCUGCUCCAUCGCCCGUGGCCAGAACUACGUGCUAAUGCGCUACCUGCCCUUCGUGGCCGUCGCAUUCCACUUCCUGUUUUCUACCAACUCGCCGCCACGCCUCAACUACCCCAACAGCAACUUCGAGAUGCAGAGGAAGCUGGCGCUGUCGCAGAACCUGGUGACGAGCAUGAUCGGGGAGGCGUCGGCACACAUCAGAACCCACGUGCCAGCCCUCGCCCUCGUUCUCGACUCCCUCUGCCUCAUCCUCGACAUCGUCUCGCCCAAAAUGCGGCCCGUGAACACGCAGCUGUACAGUGCUCGGGAGAAGCAGCAGCUGUCCGAGUUGGUGGCCACCAUGCUCGCAUACAACCUCACCUACCGGCAGGAACGCACGCAGGACGGACAGUACACCUACCUGCUCGACCCCAACAUGGAGGCGGUGGCACGCUACCCGAGCCUGCCCCAGCGCAAGCAGCUGUCAUACCAGAUGCGGCAGCUGAUAGCGCGCGAGGUGGAGUUGGAGCGGGUGCGGCGCACAGAGGCCGCGGCGAUCGCACGCAACUCGACUGAGCGUCGGGACGGGACCAGGGCACAGACAGCGGGACCCAAGAACCACCAGAAGCGCCUGGAGCACUCGCUUCGCAGUAUCGUCGUGAACGACAAGUUGGCACCGCCCGAGACAGAUUUCUUCGGCCGCCCUGUGGUACGACGGGAGCCAGCGCUGGCAGUUUCAGUGCCAGUGGACGGCGUGCCGGUGCCGGAGCCCAUCGAGCAGCGCAUUGGGAGGGCGGUGGGCGCCAGUGACGUGUGGUUCCGCUUCAACGAGGGCUUCUCCAACGCCGUGCGCCGCAACCUGCACGUGAAGGACCUCCUGUGAACGUUUUGCCUAUCGGAGGCGUCGCCGGGGCGUGAUUCUCCGUCUGGGGGGUGGCUGUUUGGGGCCACACACCGGCCUUGUGCAGGACUCGGCGAAGACUGCCUUCGGAGGCCACUGCCCGUGAACAACCGAUGAGCACCGUUUGACGUGGAACUCGUACAUUUCAUCACCUUCGUAAUACGACGAGGACCGAUCCGUGCGCGCAUCUCACCUUGCUCUCCAACGUGCGGCUAUAUGAAAGGUCGAAGCAAACGAUGCCAGGAUGAAAGUACAGUACGCGUUACCGUGUGGGAACGAGAUGUAAACGUUUUAUUUGGGAAGAUAACAGAUGCAAUACAACGGGUGUAUAUCACGGGUAAAAAAAAUACUGACAUCCAUCACACCUUGUUUAAUGUUCAUAGUUCUAAAAAAAUCACAGGACGGGUGACUGACAUGACUCUUAACAGCGAUUCGCACAAGGGAAAGCGAAGGGGUCAUUGUGAAACGGUUGAGCGACACGGGCCCCCGGGGUGCCGCGGUCACAGGAUGAUGCACUUGCCCUUGUCCACCCAGGGGUUUUCCUUCAUGAGCUCGGGGUUGAGGAUGGGGUCCGUUGUUGCCCCCUCCUGCACCCAGCCCACCAGACUGUCCCCACGCAGCACACCCACACAGCACACCCCUCCGAUGACCACGGUCUGCUGCAUACACUGCGAAAGAAGGUUCAACACAUACGUACAUGCCCCCGCGUUAAUCGCAUACAACACAUGCACGCAACAUGCUGUACAUGGUGUAUGUGUGUACGUGUACAUCUGGUAUUUGAUUUUUUUUUUAGUGUGUAAGCCGAGAUCUUCACAAUAAAAGUCUGUAUUGGUUCUAUCGUUACACCACUGCUCUGUGUUCUAAUGCUUGUGUAGUUUUCCGUGGUCGUGCCGUGUCGCUCUCAGACUUGUUUUCUGGCUUUACCGCGUGCUGUUCGGUUUGAUGUCCGACGUUUCACUCUGCGAGUGCAAUCAAAGAGCUCUAUUUUUUUGUGUCCUGCUCACAAAAGGGCCUUCCAGUUGCAAACAAUGAACGCUGUUGUGGAAGGGGUUCAUAGGGAAAGAGCCGGCCGGUAAUACCAGAUUGCGAUUAAUCUCUGCAGCAAAAGCGCUCUUGCUCGUUCGGAGGUUAUCAGGUCAGCUCACUGGCCAGUGGCUGAUUGCGUAGAACACCGUGUGGAAUCUAGGUAUUUGCAGGACAUUUAGAAUCCUCGUGAAACACUGCUGUAUGUUCUCCAGCUGGCUCCGUCAAGGCAGUGCUCCUCCGAGCCGAAAAUUUCAAUCCAACGUGAUGUGACAUGCACCCCUUGAGGGGCUUUCUUUUCCCUUGGUUUUUCAUUAAAACGAAAAAAGUGCACUGUGAACUCUGUGACCCGAGUUCAGUUCCCGGUCACGGUUAACAUCAGUGGGCAAGGUCCUGGGUGCCACCUUCACCAACCCGCGUUGACCGGCGUGAUGAAGUAUGGUCAAACAACCCGCAUGACCGACACGACAUGGGGAGGAGGAGCCCUUCCAGCAGUAGAUUAACAAAGGGCUGUAUUUUUUUUGCACCAAUUGCCACUCCCUAUGGCAUGCAGGCCCUGGCCCUUAUGUCGUUAUCCUUAAGGAGUCAGUCCCUGAAAUGUGUCAGUUAUUUUUGGGUUUCUGCUUGCGAUGUUUGCAGUUAGAACAGAUCAAGUUUGGAAAAAGUGAUUAAACAAUAUACCUCCAGCAGUGGAUAAACCGUGGCUGACGAUGAUGGGUGGAGCGUGCCAACUCUUGUUCUGCCUUUGCCGGGCAAACACUGGCAACAUCCUUAAUUUUCAAACAAAUGCAAUUGCUGUAUGUGAUUUAAAUAAUCAUUUGCUCAACUUUUGUCAACUCCCCACUGUUGGUUGUGUGGAUUGUUUAACCAUACGUCAUGACCAUCACCCUCGCUGGUUGGUGAAGUCGAGAGGCCCACGACUGGCUAUUACACGCCACUGAUGUUAGCCGUGGACGGGAAUCAAACUCGGGUCUCGGUGUGCAGUGCUCAAAUCGCUGUACUACUCUUCCACCUUGGUGACUUAAAGGAGUAAUAGUACCUUUGUAAAAAAAUAUAUCACUAUGGUGCUGUUGUGAAUGGAAGAGAUGUCAUUUGAGAACCGAUGUAGCUAGCAGUGCAACAGCACCUUGUGUUGGAGAACAGUCAGACGAUGGCAUUGACAACGAUUAUACUUAAGUAACUUGAUCAGGCGUUUGUAUCCACAUUCGUGACACAUCUUGUAACGCGUCAAUAAAAAAACACGCGACUUUCA